GAUUGCACAAAUAAGAAAGUCACACUGGGCGCCCCUGUGGGCGGGCCGGACUUGGCGCUCGCACCCCCUUGGCUGCAGCCCGGCGCCUGCUCCGCCUUCCACUUAGGAUGCGCGGUCGGUCGAGCCGGUGUAUGUGCCACAAUAACAUGUCGGCCCCGCUGCCCGCCAUUGUGCCCGCCGUCCGGAAGGCCACCGCCGCGGUGAUUUUCCUUCAUGGAUUGGGAGAUACAGGGCAUGGGUGGGCAGAAGACUUGGCAGGUAUCAGAAGCGCCCACAUCAAAUACAUCUGCCUGCAUGCACCGGUUAUGCCUGUAACGUUAAAUAUGAACAUGGCCAUGCCUUCUUGGUUUGACAUUAUUGGUCUUUCACCAGAUUCACAGGAAGAUGAAACUGGAAUUAAACAGGCAGCAGAAAGUGUAAAAGCUUUGAUAAGGCAAGAGGUGAAGAAUGGCAUUCCUUCUAACGGAAUUAUUUUGGGAGGAUUUUCUCAGGGAGGAGCUUUAUCUCUGUACACGGCACUGACCACACAGCAGAAGCUGGCCGGCGUCACUGCUCUCAGCUGCUGGCUGCCCCUGCGGGCUUCCUUUCCACGGGGUCCUAUCAGUGGCUUGAAUAGAGACAUUUCUAUUCUUCAGUGCCAUGGAGAUUUGGAUCCUUUAGUUUCCCUAAUGUUUGGUUCUCUUACUGCUGAAAGGCUAAAAACAUUGGUAAAUCCAGCCAAUGUAACCUUCAAAAGCUAUGGAGGCAUGAUACACAGUUCAUGUCAACAGGAAAUGAUGGAUAUCAAGCAGUUCAUUGAUAAACUCCUAACUCCUAUUGAUUGAUGUCACUAAGAGGCCUUGUGGAGAAGUACACACCAGCAUCAUCAUUGUAGAGUAUAAGCUUUUUCCUU